AUGGAGGGAACCGCAACUUGGUCUACUUUGAGACAGCGGAGGAGAAGAACAGCGCCGAAAUUCGCUGGCAGACCCCGUCACAAUCUAGCCCGCAGACAAAGUCCGGCACUGCUCGCAAACGAAGAGGAGGCCGAGGAAGCAGACGGGGAGCAAGAAGAGGACGAAGGGGAUGAGGAAGAAGAGGCGAAGCCUACUAAGCCCGCCAACCAGCAGAAAGAGCAAGAGGAGGAAUCCAAAGAGUUAAUCGGCGCAAGAGAAGCCGAAAGCGAUUCGGAAGCCGGCGGCCAAGGCGGCGCAGCAGCAUCAUCAGCAAGCGAUUCCGACGCACAGCAAUCCGACUCGGACAGCGACUCCGAACGAGAGAAGCCGCCGCCGGCCGUGACCCCGCCACCACCGGGCGCAACGCCGACUCCUCCUCCGGGCGUGCAGUCACCCCCGGCCGCGCCAUCUCUCCCGCCGCCGGCAGCGCAAGGCUCUCCGGCACCACAAGCGCCGUCGGCAGUCUUGAACCGGGCGUUGACAGACAACAUCCCGCCGGCAAGAGGCUUCAUCACCCUCGUGCCCGGUGCGCCACCUCCGUCCAACCCGCCGCCUCCGCCGCCGGCAGCGACGCCGUCGAAUCCUCCCGUUUCCCAACCACAGAGUCCACCGCCUGCCAGUCAGUCGUCGGCACCGCCAUCACCAACACCUCCUCCCGCUGCGGAAACCCACCCUUCAACAAAUCUGCCGCCACCGCAGGUUGGAAAUGCCGCGUCCGGAACACCCCGACCGGUACUUCUCCCACCAAGCUCCCAAUUCCAGGCUUCCAACACGCCAUCGGCAUCAGCUGCCCCGGCUGACGGAACAGACCGAGGCUUCGCCAUCGGAGUCUCCUUUGCCAUCGUCGCAAUCAUCGGAUUGCUCAUCGGCGCAGUAAUCUUUGGCGUAAAGCGCUACAAGAGAAAGAAGAAGGUCGCCGCCGUAGAGUCAAACAUGACGCAAAACUCACCCCUAGGGGCGGCCCCCGCGGGCAACAGCUUCCUUGCGCAGCGGGAAUCAGCCAUCCUGCGGCAACCCAAACGGAGCACCGGCGAUAUGGAGCGCGCCGUGGUCACAACGUUCAGCCAGACCCAGAUCGCGAACCGCACCACCAAGGAGAUGGAAGAGCAAAUGGUGGAGCAAUUCAAGACGGACAGGGCCUCGCGGGUGGACAGGUCCUCCGUCAAGCCACUACCAAACCCGCCAACAACGACAAACCCGUCUGCUGCUGUCCCGCCGCUUCCCAGCCUCCCCAGUAACAGCUAUGCCACCGCUUCUGUUGAAGACACGAGAAACUUGCAAGCGGAGAGCUUCUACUAUGAAAAGUCCAUCAACGAGCCGGCUGUUCCCGCGCCGUUGAGGAUAAGCACAGCACCACGACGGCCACCGACGACGGCGACGGCGACGGCGACGGCAUCCACGAUAAGGGUGCCGUACCCUGUUUCCACCUACGAUAUGUACCAAGAAUUGGGACAGGGACCGUACCGGGAGUCUAUCAGUAUUGGAUACCAGCCCAACAACGCGGGGUAUCGACCGUAUAACCCAGAUAACUUCUACCGGCCGCAGCCCGGUCAGCUCCCCCGAGCAGAGAGGGGACCUGAUGGGCGGUUCUCUCCCGAAAUGGGGUACAGCGGGUGA